AACACCGAUGAAAUGUCAAAGAUUGUAUAAUGUGGCGAACCGUUUCAUUUGUUGAACGGGUUGAAGUUGACUUUGACGGGAAUCUAUUCAAUCAAGCAAUAACCUUAGCUGACAUCGACAAUGACAAGGCCAAUGAAUUGAUAGUUGGUAACACAGAAGGCGACCUUGCAAUCUUCAAAGGAACAAAUCGAAGACCAUGGAAAGUUUGUACAGACCUGGGAAUGAUUACAUGUAUUGGUGUGGGAGAUGUCUAUGGAAAAGGCAAAAAUAUCUUGGUGGUCCUGACAGCUGAGGGCUGGUGCUAUCUCUUUGAAGUGAAAGGGGACUCAUCUUCAGGGGAGAUUGGCAAGGAUACUGAGGAGGAACUGGACAAAAUACUAAAGCCAUCAUUUACUCAACACUUACCUGCAAAUGGCAAAGUUCUUCUCAUAGAUGAUGUUGAUGGGGAUGGACAGACUGAGGUGAUGGUUGGGUACUCAGAUCGAGUGGUCAGGUGUUUCACCUGGUCAGUUUCCCAGGACCAUGAUAUUGAACAAACCAGUGGAAAAUUUUUACAGUCAGGGAAAUGGCAACUCACAGGACAGAUUGGAUCAUUAACUGUGAAUAUGUGUGAGGAUGGUCGUCCAGAAGUGCUCGUUUCCCAGCCAGGAGGAACGUAUGUAACACUUUACCAUACUACAGAGGCUGAGGAUGCUGACAUUCACAAGUUUGAAAAUGAAUGUUUAGGGAUUUCAAGAACCAGAAACAUUUCUAUUUCUACCGAAAUUGUUGGCGGCAUUAAAAAGGGAACCAAUGAAACAGAAGCUGGGACCUUCUAUGCCCUUUGCACUCUUGAUGGAACACUGCUGCUGGUUGAAAACAAACAGAUUUUAUGGUCAUUACAAGUCGAUCACCAACUGUUUUCAUUAACAAAGCUGGACAUCACAGGAAAUGGCAUGGAAGAGGUCGUUUGCUGUGCAUGGGACGGUCAGACUUACAUUGUGAACCACACCAAAGAUGUAGUUCGCUAUCAUUUUGAAGAGAAUGUGAAGACAUUCACUGCUGGACAGUUCAGUGUGACUGACCACGAAAAUGUUCCCUGCUUUGUGUAUGCCACCUUCAACAACAAAAUAUACAUCUACUACAACAUAAGUCUGCCGCAGGUGGAAUCCACCAACCUCAUCGAGGUCAUGGACCGGAUCCCAGAGACUCAUCAGCUGUUCCAACAGCUCAAUAUCAUAAAUCCUGACACCAAAACUCUCAGGGAACUUUAUCAUUGGUGUUUAUAUGGAAAAAAGACGAAGACUUGAUGUAUAAAUUUGGUGUAUUCCAUGUGGUUUGAAUUUGUCAAUGUUAUUCUGUGGACAGCACGAUUGAUAUACUGACAGAGAGUACCUGGCUGGUGAUAUAUAAUUCAGCUACAAAGGAUCCCAUGCAGAAAAAUAGUGACAGAGCUAUUGGGCUGAUGAACAUCGUUUCCCCCAAAGAAUAUCAUUUCUUUUAAGGGAUACAAACAACUUUGUUUCCAAUUAAACAAAAAGUGGAAUGUUCAUACAUUGACUGCUUGCUUGUAAAGGAUUACAACCUUUUUGUGUGAAAUAAGACGCGAAGUGAAAGAUGAAUUAAAAAUUGACAAUCAUAUUUCAGAGUGAUAGUAAGUAUUUGAACGACUGAUGAUUUUAAACAUCAUCAUAUAUUGUUUAUUAAGUUGUGAAAAGAGAAUAUUCUCCAGUACAUAUAUUCCUAUUAUUAGGUCAUCAAAAUAGAUAGCUUUCGAUCUUUCCACACAUCCAGACCUGACCAGAUCAAACUCGGACCUUGUCUGUUCCACUCGCCCAAGCUUACCCUCAUGCUCACAAGAGUAUUCCUCCCCAAUUAAUCAAUAUAUUUUUACUUCUUUCAUACUAACUACAUAUACAUGUAACUUCCAUUUUUA